CGGAAAGUGGCUACGAGCAUCCCAGUGGGACUGCGGACUGCGGUCCUUCCGGAUUUUGGACUUGAUCUUAAAUCGCUUCAAUCGUGGCGAUGUGUGGACGAGGAAUGUGACCCCAGGCCCGAGAAGGAAGGAUGGAGCUGUCGCGCUGUAGGAUCAGGCGCACCGGAUGCAAUGCCCUGAGAAGCUGUUUCUAUUGCACCGUGGGCCUCAUCUGGGCGGACGGCGACUGCGUGUUCAUCACACCGUUGCAGCCGCCCAAGAAUUCGUCGACCAGUCAUCACCAGGUCCACUUCUGCCGUCACCAGGUGCUCGGCUUGUUCAGGACAGUGCACGGCCUGUGCUACAGCAGCCCCAAGAAAUGGCCCCCGCUGAUCAGCGUGGUGGCCGAGCGGGUGGACGACGGCUCCCUGGAGCUCUCCAUCUGGCGCAUGAACACGGCCGUCCAGUGCGUCUCCUUCUCCAAGUGGGCCAUCCUGGCUUUGCCCCAGCUGCCCGUGCUGCAAGGCUGCCUCUGGCACCCCGAACGUGAUGUCUUCUGCCUGGUGUUCAAGGACUCGGCACGCAUCUACGUGGUCAACGAGGACAGCUCGGAGCUUCAGGAGGUCAAGACCAUCACUCCAUUUGCUGGGUCCCGGUUUGUGUGUGGUACCUGGAGCAAAAAUGGCAAGAGGCUCAUCUUGGCGACGGAGUCAACUCUCAUGUUUUACAGCAUACCGUGUUCCGAUAUCGAGCAGACAGAAAUGGAGGUCAUUCUCGGGCUGGAAAGGGUGUGCUGCAUUGAGGGGCUGGACGGGGACCGGUUUGUGUGCACGGUGGAGCUUCCCCUGGACAGCAUGGUGGUGAGGAGCCGCUCGGAGCGCUACCUCAUGGACCAGACUCGGGGGCCCCUGGAGACCCUGCUCAACAUCCACGCGGCCACCGAGGGUCCACUGGAAGGCAGCUCGCAGCUGUUCCUACUACAGUGGAACCCGGACACGGACAAGCCAGAAGUGCGGAGCUGGGACGAGUUGUACGGCAUCCUCUCACCUGACCUCUUAGCUGUCGAGCCUUCAUCGAACCUCAUCGUGGUCGGGAGCAACAGCUGCCACACCCUAUACGUGUACGGCAUUGUCGACGAGCAACUUGAAAAGCUCCACGACAUUAACCUCCCCAAGGAGGAGCGGCCCAAGGGGGUGACAAUCCACAACCAGGAGGCGUUGCUGAUGAUGGCCAAGUUGCCCGAGGAGGAGCGCCAGGUGCUGUCGCUGCCACGCUCGGAGUUUGUCGAGUACGAGGUGGUGCUCCAGAGCAUCCCGCUGUCGGCCCAGCCCCAGGGGGCAUGCACCCUGCAGAGCCUGCUGGGCCAGGCAGCGGCCAAGUCGUCCGCCUCGCUCGACAGCGCCGUCUCCGAUCCCAUCGCCAGGUAUGGCCGCCUACGGAGGGACUCGUACAGACGGGACAACCUGGCGGCCGAAAGGUACAGCAAGACCCCGCAGGGUCCAGCGUCAACGGCCAGCUCGAGCCACUUGCUGGCCGGUGCAGGCGAGCUGAGCCGGUGCGACCCCGCUGCCACCAUGACCUGGCCCCGGGGCCUGCUGGGCGACCUCAAGAGCCACCUACAGGCAUCCGCUGCACCUCCGCCACGGCCAUCCUCGUCGGCCACCAGCGAGAGCCACCUCGCCCACCGGGCCCAGGCAAGACGUUCGGACCCGACUCCAUUGGUUGAGGACCUGACAAGCCUGCUGCACUUUCACGAGGCUGGCCGAAGUGCAGACCCCCCGCCGGCCAACGACCUCCUCGAUCUGUCCAGCCUCUUGUCGGGCGGCGGCCUUUCCUCUUCGGAGUUGCUCGUGGGCCGGAACUUCGAGGAGCUCGACGGGGACGUCGGUGGCCGCCUCGGCGGGGGCUUCCACGAGGAGUUCUUCAAGAAGUCCUCCGGCGACGGUGUACGUCAGGACGCCGGCGGCACACCUCGCACUCCCAUGGCGGCACCGGGAGGCGGUUCGCACACGCUGCCACGUGCUGCCGAGCAUGCGGCACCCGCUGCGGCCGCGACCAGCACGCUCGGCUCGGUGGCUUCGCGCCUGGCGGGCCUCGAGGGCUGCCUGGCCGCGUUAGGCCGAAGCCAGAGCCGAGAACUGCAGGAGAUCAAGGGCGAGCUGUCGGCCAUCCGCCGCCUUCUCAUCUCGGUCCUGUUCCACGUGCUGCCAGAGGAAGCGAGGAGCGACGCCGUGGCCAAGUACACGUGAGCCGAGACCCCUCGUUAGCCAAGUGGAGAGCUCCAAGCGCGAAACACGCGAAGGUUUUGCUAGGCUCUGUAGAGGGUCUUUCUCACAAUGGCUGCAGCCAAAGCUCGUUUGGUGAGAACACCUUCAAACUGCAAACGAUGUGCUGUGCUCUACCCAAGUGACUGGCAUCUGCUUUGUUCUACUGUGUACAGCUCAGAAGGGUGACUUUGUAGGUGGCGUGCUUUCUUUGCUUUUUCGGCCUGUGCCACGAAUGUUCCUUUUCCAAGUAGACUCUUGCUUCAUGGAGCUUGUGUGAAUGGUGUCGUGCACUUCAUUGCAGUAUGCACUGUGGUCACAUUCAUUGUAUACAAGCCUACGCAAUACCAGUAUGAAAGGCAUAUUUCUUCUUUUCAUGACCAAAGACGGCGCUCUCUGGAUGUGGGUGAGCAAAACACCGACCACAGGUGCAUGUUUGAAUGGCCAAGAAUUACAGCGUCACACUCUUGCUCACUACUUUCACUUGGGCGUGGUGACAUAGAACAAUAGAUUUUAUGGCCACCUUUGUUCUUUUGCUCUUUUUUUAUGUGUUCUUUCGCGACAUAGGUGACAUAUGUGAACUCUCAUUUGCUUUGGCAUGAGGCAUUUCCAUGCAGAUGAAAAAUCUGCUUUUGAGGCUUUGGCCAAAGUCACAGCAGUUCAACGAACCCAACUACAAGGAGAUGCCAGGGUUCGUGCUGUGCGUGUGGUCUGUUACGUAUUGUGCACCGUUAUCGUAAGUACUAUACACUGAAUAACAAGGAAAGCAUAUAAUACAAACAGCCCGGCUUGCACAGAACUGUCCAGGAAGCACAUUCAUUUCUCUGUUCCCGAGAGACGUGCCCGUGUGUGAGAGGAGAGUGCUCGUGCGGACAAAGAAAACCUCUCGGCCAGCGUGGCACGAUGGCUGCCGCACGUCUCGGAGACUGACCGACUCGGCCCAGGGGGCUCGCCUUCUCCUCUUCAAAAUGUGGGUCGACUUGAAAGCACAGAACCUGGGGAAACUGGGAGGGUGAAGCAAAGGACGUGUCGGGACAUUCAUGGCCCUCUCGAGCUGCUGGAACAAAAGCAUUUGCUCUCAUUGCCACAUGCUCCAUGAUGGUGCACGUGAUGGCUCUCCUGUUUGGCACAUGUUCUUUGUACAUAUUAUACAUAGAAGAAGAGAAAACGGUCAAAAAAAGGAAACCUAGCGCAGGGAACUGCCAUACUUGGCAGGCUUUGCUUGCCAAUGUGCUCAGCAACACUGACAACAGCAGCUGUUGCUAGCGGUCACAACGCAAGAAGGGUGGGAGAACAACUCUUUUAUAGCAUUUGUAAGUACAUUCCCAGAUGCAUCAUUGGGAGGAAGGGUUGCGUUCGAGUGGCCUCCUGUUGUACUGCUCUAUGCCAGCAAUGUGCGACGUGUCACCACCCGUUGUUUGCGUCAACACGGAUGCCAUGCGGCUGGUGCUGGCCUUGUUUCUUGUUUUACACGCUCCCUCCUUAUUUGGUUGCACAAGCAUCUGUUCUGCAAGGGGGAAGACCAGGCUAAUGGUAAAUUCUUCCGCUUGUUUCAAGUGAGCUGCAUGAACCCUCAGGAAAUUAUGCAGAGCCAGUCUUACGACACAAACACAUACUAAUCUGCACUGAAUCGCCAGAGAAUCUGUUGCAUGCACCAAGUGGUGUACCACUCCCAGAUGAACGGUGGUUCCACCACAAGAGGGAGCAACUUCCUACAGAGCAGUAGGUGGAAAGCACCUGUUGAGGAAAGGAACAACGAUUGGUCUGAGGAGCUGCCUUUGUCAAGUUGCACUUGUGGGACUUUUUGCAUAGACACACAGGCUUUGGCUCCAAACACAGUUCAGUCUGCUUCUGCCAGCCAGGCAGCCUAAUCUGCCCUUCAGCCUGCGAUGCUUCCUCGAUCGAGGUAACCUCGUUUCGUUUCAGAGCUCCUCUCUGCUUUGAGGCAGUUGUUAUCCUUCUCAGCUCGGGGCAGGUUUGAGGCUUGCAUGUGUGUUAGUAACGUAUUCACACAGUAUUGUUUGCUGCACUGAAGUUGGGGGUCCAUUGUGCCUCUUGGCCACCUCAGUAUGGCUCUCCUUAAUCGCUCAGUGUCCCACCUAAAACGCACUUGCCUGACAGAGGUGUUCAUCUCGAACAGAGUCAAAGGUGCUGCAGUCUCUCAGGCUGGUUGCACCGCAUAAGGUGUGUUGACACUGUGUUGCAUGGACGCUGCCUGUGUUCUCGUUUGAAUGUGCCCUCUUGGUGUGUUUAGAAACCUUGGAGAAAAAGCCAAGAGUAUCACUCAAUGCACCAACUGUGGGCGCUCCACACCCUGGUUUGUUCCCGUUUUCUUUGCUCCCAGUGUCUGGCUUGCACUGGCUGUACAGGGCAUAGAGCAAGGGGCGAGGCUAUGUACCACAAUAAAUGGGAAGUGGCAGCUUUACAUAUGUCUACAUACACACACGCAUAUAAACACACACACCUAACAUGGUUGAAGACGUGUGCCACUGCUGUGUCGCGAUUGGUGUAGGGGAGAAAGAAAAAAAUAGCCAUGAUUGCUCAACACUUUUUAUACAUUGGUUGUGUAGCAUAGUGGUUGACCGUGUAGCUUUGUGAGGUCGUGUUUGUGUAGUCAGUCCCAUGGCCCCAGUUCAUUAUAAUGGGUCAAGUUUGCUGGUAUUGUAUUGCGCCAUUUACAUUUUCGCUUCCUCCCAUCACUGCCUUGUUUUGUCAUGGCAGGCUUCUGUGUUGCUGCCUGCUGGGUCGGCAGCGUGCAUGAGAAUAAACUGACUGAGACUACGCCGUGGUCGAUUCACAGAAGACACUCAACAAGGGUUUCUCCGUGGAUGUGGCAUUUAUUCUUGUGUGCCCUCGCAAAAGAUGCCAACUGCAUUCAUUGUUCAUUCCAUAGCUUUCACUAUUCUAGCCCUACUGGAGGACGAUUAUUAAACGCGCUAUUCAAGGCUUGGAAGCCGAUCCUGGCAGCAUAGACCGUGUUGACUUGAAGGCACUGAUGCCAUUGGCUGGUGUGGAAGCGAAACAAUUUUUAAAGGAGUACUGACGUCACCAAAGGGACAUUCUUGGCCUACAUGCGCAAAAUAUUUCAGUUUGAUAUUAAAGCAUCUGCAAGCCACCACAAUGGACAUUACGGCGAGUCUGCAACCUCCACAUCUUGUAUGCUGCGGAAAUCACCAAAAUCUCCGUUGCUGGAUAAGAAUUCACUCGUCUACAUGCAACUGACAACAGAGCUGCUGCUUGAACCUACAUCAGAUUGUGUGGACAUGUCAGUGGUUUUGUCAGGUGGCGGAAUUAAAAAUGUAUUCAAUGCAUUCCCCAAGAUACUCUUCUUAGGAUCCUCGAUUUCUAUUUGCAGCAACAAUGCACAAAAAUCUCUGAAAUGAGUGUCAGUACUCCUUUACUAGAAAUUGGAUAUUGUUUCGGUGCCUUUGGCUGGGAUUCUUUCCUCGAGCAGAACUGCUUGCAGGAUUGUAAAUGUAAACGAGAACCAGCGCAUCUGUGAGCUAGAUUGACAGCAUGCAGUUAUGCGCACUGGCGCUGUGUCUCGUUCCAAGCACUGCUUUCAGCACACGCAGUUUUUCGUUUUUUAGAUUUUAUUUUGUAACUGCAUUUGAAAUUUUAAGUAUUUCAUUCGUCAUUACAACAUGGAGAACUAUAUUGUAGUUUUCUUUUUGAAAAACAAGGUGUGUCGUCAUCAGAAAUCACGUUGACGCAGCUUCCCCUCCUUGAAUCUUGAACACAGAUCUUAGCACCCAAUUCUGUGCUAGUUUUGCAUUUCUGGAACUUGUUUGUGCAGGGACAGUCAAUAGAAAUGCCUCUUCUCACUUUUUGUCGCAAGAUAUAUAUAUUGCAUGACCAGAUCUAGCCAGAAAGUCAAUAUGUUUCAGAUGUUUCAUUCAAGCUGGUGCAGGAAUAUUACGGAAGGUGAUGCAAUCUCUAGCUUCCUGCUUAUUCACCAAAUGCCUGGCAGCUCCCUCUUUUUUGUUCCUGGAUAUGCAUGUACAUGCAGUCACUGCAAGUGGUACUUUGUUUUCUUAUAGAAGUUGUCUUUUUUAUUCACCAGAAAAAGUUAUCUGGUGGUUGUUCGUGCUGUUUUAUGGCUUCUUUUGAAAGACACGUUGGCAGCAACAGUCUCGUGUGUAUUUGAAUUUUGUGUUUAGCCGUAAUUUUCAGCAUAGAACCUUACGAACAACAGCAAUUGUUAAAAUCUUGUGUACACACUGCUCCAAGUUCGUUUCAGGAACAAGUUGCACGGCUUCUGGAUGCAGGGUACCCGUUUUCAGUGAUGUUGGCUGCAAGUAUCAGGCUAUUGAAGAAGCUAAAACAGGGAACGGGACCGGUUUUGGAAACGGGUGGGCAGACUAAUUCUAGCUCUAAGGUGGUAGCAAUCCCUUAUGUACACGGGCUAUCACAUAGACUCAAAAAGGUAGCUGGAAGUUACGAUGUGAAGGUAGUGUUUUCGGCCAAAGAAAAAAUCGGAGGAGUAUGCGCGUUGGUCAACCAAAAACGUGACGGACUGAGCAGUUUACAAGGGGGUUGUGCCAUUAAACACAAGCUCCAGUUUGUUGAAUGUGCAAAUAAUGUGGUGUACAAUAUACCUCUGACGUGCGGACAUGUAUAUGUGGGGCAGACUGGCAGAUGCAUUAAUACGAGGCUAAGGGAGCAUAUGUCGAGCCUGAAAGGUCGCCCAUGUACACAUUUGGCAAUGCAUUGCAAUGAGUGCUCAUGUUCGCCUUGUUUUGAAAACACUACUUUAGAGUACAGACAUCGGAACAGAACUUCAAGAGAAAUAAUGGAGGCCUAUCAUAUUGACAGGCUGAAAGAAAAAUGUGUUAGUCACCCAUCUGUUGCCUUGUUAGAUAAGGAAAUUUCACUCUUGUCUGCUGGUCAAUAAGCAUGUAAAAAGAGCGCGAUGUGCGCAAUUCAAAUCAAUUUGAGUGAUCAGAGUGCGCAGUUCCGAGGGGUGUUAAGUGAACGUUUUUCAAAAAAUAAACCAGUUGUUAGAUUGCGCCCGUUUGUGUCUCUCUUCUUUGUCCUUGUGUGCCUGCGCAAGUAUUUCAAAAUGAACUUGUUCCAACUAGGCCGAAUCGCAGUUUUGCUGCAGCAAUUAACCAAAGAUUUGACUCACUUUGAAGCAGAAGUUACAUGUCAAUGUAAAAACAAUUCGUCGUAGGAUUUAGAUUUUGUUGUUCACUUUCUUUUGUAACACUCUGCUCAAGGACUUGAUUUUCUUUACUUAUACCUCUGGCCAGAGUUUAGAAAUAUGCCGGCGCACUUUAAGCCGAAUACCUGUUGCCGACUACACUGCAUGUAGUACACACGACAUGCUUCCCUUGAGUGAUAAAUUAAGCAGCCUCGUGCUCCCAGCCACAGGUUCAUCAUCGCACAACCACCACCUUUAAGCGGCAGCUGUGCUCGUUUGCAUAUUACGGAACACCGCAAUUACAGCACGCACAUGCUAUUUAUUGGUAUUUCGUGGGGAGCAAGAAGAGAUAAGAAGCUGUCUGAUCAGUUGUUUCAGAAGUUAGUUAAUUACACUUGCCUAAUUAAGAAAUUAAGCAGAACAUUAAAAAGUAGUGUGACGCACUCCAUGCAAUAGUGAGCAACAUGCAUUUAGUCACGUCAUCAUAAAGGCAUAUUUUUAAACUCUGGCUAGAGUAAGCUAGGGCACUCUGUUUAAUUUGAUCUACAGAGAAAGGCUUGCAGAAAAUGCGUGUAGUUUUCUUAUUCAUUAUACACAAUGUAAGCAUCGUGAGGUAAGCACUGAGAAAACUUGCUUACUGCGGUUUACAAGCUUCUCCGCACAUUAAUGCAUUAAGCUGGGCUAGCUGGUAUUGAUUGUAUGCUUCCAUACUGCUAGUGAACACGCACAAAGGACGACAUAGAAAGAGACAGGACAACCGCUAGGCUUCAACUGAUUUUUUAAUCGACAUGAAGGGCACAAUACAUUUCUUUACGCACACGCAGGUGCCACGUCACAGAAAAAGUUCAUCCCCCAAAAGAAAAAGAAAAGAAAUUCUCCGGUGCCUGUCGGUACCGCCAGUUCGCACAUGGUUUCUUCUUACACAGAUAGUCCAAUUCUCUUUUUGACCACGCGAUGGACGGAGUGCUGACAAAUGUGUCACCCGCCUUGUGAAUUUCGACAGCCUCUACUGUUUCCCUCUUUCUCUGUUCCCCGCCAACGUACAUCACAGAAGUGGCGUCAUAUGCUGGGGUAUAACCCUUGCACUUCUUGCAGCGCAUCGCCAGUAAACCACUCCCUGCAAGCGAUCGAACAGCCGUGCGAUGCUUGCAGCGGUUGUCCUGUCUCUUUCUAUGUCGUCCUUUGUGCGUGUUCGCUAGCAAUAUGGAAGCAUUCUCUGCACAGCUGCACUAUCCAUAAAAAAAAUGAAAUUAAUGCUAUUGAGAGGAAAACAAUACUCUGCAAAUGUUAGUGGUGAUUGCACUACUCUUUGCAGUGCGACAUGAUGAAGCCUUAUCAUUCAAUUGUGUUUAUUUGCUCAUUACAGUAUGCUUGGAAUCUUGUUUUUCCUUAGCAUAGCAAAGAGAAAAGCUGAUGAACCAGAAAGACUCAUUGCAUGGAAUGCCAGACAAGAGUGGUUAUAAAAACCAAAUAGGAACACCUGUUGUGACCGUGUCAUGAGAUAACCCAAACUGCUGCAAGCCUCCCCUGGAAGCAAUUGGCCAACAACUUGGGUUCACUGAUGACCGUCACACAUGGUUGACUUGCUGAAAAUGGCCACUCAUGUUUGGCAAACAGCAUUUGGUUGACAGCUGCUGACCUUGUGGAAGUGUGACCUCUUUUUUUCCCAAGGCUGGUCUCGUGAUGCUCAGGAUUUAUUUUCCUGCAUUUGCAUCACGUGGUUUUAUCGCGUCAUUUCGAUUUUAUUUUUUUCGCCGCUGCAUCUACCCACCAACUUGUGCUCGCAUGUGGUUGCUGGGCUCCGAUGACUUUACUGCUCACUGUUGCAGUGAUCUGUUGACUCGUGCCAUUUUACCAUCACGCAGUUUUAUCAUAGCUAGGUAGUAGCAAUUCAACACAUUGUAGGUGCUUUUGUAUUCCAAAAGUUGUACCAAAGCGAUAUCGACCAUUAAACUACAAAGAAAAAGAUGAAAUAAACGACUUAUAGUGGUUAGAUACUUACCUGAAACUUCUUUCUGCUAGAGGAAAGUUGAGUAAUGGUUAUAUUCACAUAAAAUGUUGUGUAGUAUCCGCUUAGUGUGAUGUCAUUCAUUUGUUACGGUAUAUUUGGUGGCACUGUUUUUUUUUCAUCAUGGCUCGCUGUCUGCAGAGCAGCUUUAAGUGCAUUUAAAGGGACCUGAAACGGUCUUGACAAUUUUGUACAAACGCAUUAAGCCUUUGGUAAAGCAAGUCCACUUGCCGACCAAUUUAAGCUCUCUCCGUCAAGUGUGUUAUUUGUUGCGAGGCUUUAAACAUGGAAAUCGCUACAGCCAAACGAGUUUUCAAUUUCCCACUUCCAUGGUACGCAGAAUUGUUCUAUUAUACGUAGCACCAGUGAACCGAUCUGACUGGAUAUGUCCAGCCUACAUCACUGAAGACAGUGAGCGUAGUCUGCCUGUGUUACAACGUGAGCUACGUGACAGUGUUUAUCUCGAGGCAUCUUUUCUCAAACAGCAUAAAUUGCCCUAUCUGCGUUGUGAGCUCUGGUGAUUGGUGACUUGUAUAGCUGCGAUGUCGUGUAAGGCAACUGGCCAGCGGAGUCGCUUCAGGGGCAGUGAGCGUUGGGCUCUUGCUAUCCGAUCAAUGCCAGGAUUCACGUGUUUGCAGCUGUAAUUUCACCCCUUGCCCGAGUUUGCACUUAUCGGUGAUUUUUCUCAAAUGCUUCUUGUUUGUCUGCAUACUUGGCGUUUGCAGAUUGUCACCGUACAAGAAAAGACAACUGGAAUGGCUGAGAGUGGUGCACAUCUCAACCUCUGUGAUGUGCUCUGUUGAGUGCUCGGAAAGAGGGUCACAGAUUAUUGCCCAUAGCUGCCUUAACACAAGGUGCCAAUAAUGUGACAAGAUUUCAAAAACUGUUUCAGGGUCCCUUUAAGCCGUUAAGCAUUAUGACAUCACAUCACUUUCGUUGGUGCAGAAACUGUUCUCACCUCAACUCGCAUGUUGGUUCUGUAAUACUUGUGGCUUCAGGCACCCUUUCAUUUCCCCCAUACACUUUAUGAUAUGAUUCAAAUAUAUGAGAACAAAGCUUCCAUUCUUGCUGUGUUGGUAACAAGCUCGAGAAAGUUGUCCCUGGCCUGUGGUGACUUGAUUGAAUUGUAGCUAAUCGCCUCUGUAUUAGCUUUUAUUUCAUAAACCAUUACAUCGAGGCCAAUUUUUGGUUUCCUCGUUGAAAUACAUGCCGAUUGCAUGUACAGUGCUAAAACGCUGUAUCAGAACUUCAAGUGUAGCAACUAGCAUGUGCAAUUGCUCCAGAGUCAUGUCGCUAAGAAUUUGUGCACUAAAGGUGCUCUUGAAAAGUCUGGUGUAAAUGUAUGAGCCAAUAUUAUGGCACUGAGACUUGAACAGAAAACAGUGGGAAUUGAAAGUACUAUGUGCAUCACUUAGCCCUAAAGUGACGCGUUUGAAUCCGUGAACACUGUGCAUGUGUGUGUGUAUUCGAACAGGGACGAGAAAGAGGUUAGGCAACCCUUUGAACUUGAGUGUAAUAAAAUGCAGGCAGUGCAAUAAAAACAGGAGAUUCACAGGAGUAAGAAGUCAGCUUAUGUAAGACAUCUGCAGUGAACAUGAAUUUGGCUGUUCGUGAUGAGAUUUUCCUGAAUUGUGACAUUGAAAAAAAUAUGACUUGACGAUGCACUGUCGGGCCAGUUGGUGCAUAGCUAGGUGAACGACUUGGUGCAAAGUGACAAACAAGAAUGGACAAGAAGAACUCACAACUAAUAUUAUUCUUCGGAAGUACUCACAAUGUAAAGGCUCUUAAAGUCAUGUGCAGAUUUACCGCACAUAGUUGUGAGUGGGCAGUCUUUCUGUCCCUUCUUCUCGUUUGUAACCUUGCGCCACAUUUUUCAUCUGUCGCAAAAAAUGUACUAUCUGUAUUAGAGUUCUGAAACGCUUUUUUUCUUUAGCAAUUUCGGCCAAUAUUUCAUUGUUCUUUUUAGUGUAUGUAAAACAUGUGCUGCACACAUUGACUCUGAGAUGCAGCAAGCCCUGUCAUUAUUGGCUACACAUCUUCUAUGGUCUACAGACCUCCAAGGAAGAGCCUUCAAUGAGGAGGUAUAGACUGGCUGUUGCAUUUUCAUGUCAAUGCAGCUUCUCAGAUGUUCAUUUAUUUUGUGCGGCGGUGGUUUAACCUAGCAGGGAGAUGUAGGUGCAGCAAAAUGCAGUCACAGACCGGAAGAAGAGAUGCAUUCAUGAUCACGUAUUUGUAGUGUUGCAGGUAUUGUUAACUUGAAGUUUAUGAAGCAAACAAACAACUCAAAUACCAUCGCAUAUGGCACCGACUAGGUCAAGGCACAUAACAAACCAUUUGUGCAUAAAUACGCUCUGAUGUAGAUGCCUCGUAUUUGUUUGUAAGGUCGUUGGGCAAUUUGCUACACUUCAACAAAGCCAUAGUCGUUUUUCUGUGGAAAUGUGCGUGUUGAGUGAAUACACUUUUGUGUGCUAAUCAGUUCAACAGGGUUCAGCUUCCAACACGACUCAUAUAGUUGCUUCAAGAAAUGUGGGUUCUCAGUGCAAACUGAAAUGCUGCUUUUCUUUGAAAGCUGCCGUCACAAACGUACGCUUCCAUUCUAUGUGCUUCCUCGUGCAUGCUUCCCAUGCAGCGCUAAAAAAGUUGUGGCAGGUGCCGAUUUGUUGCUUGAAGGACUCGUCAAGCCAUUUUUGGAAUGGGUUCCACAACAUGUUUUGCGCUCACGUGAUGAGCACUUUAAGAUUUGCCUUCCAGUCGAUGCCACAUGUGGUAUGAUGAUUUGGCAAGCAUGGCAAAAAGACCACUGGCUGUCUCUUUAAAGCGACACUGAUAUUGCUUAUAAGAUAACGCACUGAUUGUGGCUUGAUCAUUAAUCAUUUUGUAUAGCGCAACACAAUAUGAUGACUCUAUUCACGUUUACUGUCCCGCAUUGCACUGUUAAAAAUGGGAUCUUCGAGACAUUAGUAAUGGAUUCUUUUAGAGUAUCCGCAUGUGCUGCUUUUUUUUGGCUCUCCGGCUCAAUCGCAUAUUUUACCGACUUAAGUGACUCAGUACCAUUCCAAGUCAGUGAAUCGCUCAUAAGUGAAAGUUAAAUUUGUUAUCAUUGGCCAGCUAUGGCGACCCUUUUUCGGUGAACAAAGAAUGAAAAAAUUAUGAUGCACCAAAUGGGAGGUUGCGUUCGUGCACUUUAAUUAAUUCUGUCCUUGGCCAGCCAAUGCAGCGAAUGACCAAACUCUCAAUGGACAGAAGAUGUGUGAUCAGGUUGAGGAAUGUGGCUGAACAUACAAGCUGUUGGCAUGAUUUUCUGGCAUUGCUUGAAAAGAUUACAGCUGUCUAUCACUGCAUUGUUGCACACAAGGUACAUUGUUGGGGGAAACUACAAAAAGCACUGACGGAAAGUUUGUUUCUCAUCUGAGCUCUCUUUUUCUUUCAUUGUCUUGUGUAUUUCAUGCGAGUUACAAUUGUCAGUAUGAACCUUCUCAAUGUAGCAACAAAUAACGUCUCUGAUGCGACCUGUACAAAAUUCACGACAGCGAAGCGCAUCUUAAUACUUGCUGUCUACUUAGGACCUAACACAGAAAUGAUAGAUGCUGGUCACAUUGGGUCAGAAAAAUGAUACAAGAACGCCAUCAUGCAAUGCAAGCAAAUCUACUCACAAUCUUAUAUCGAUACUCUGUCUAGGGCAAGUUUAGGAGAUUAUUAAUAAUAAUAUUCAGGCACCUGAGAAAUAAUUUACUGCACAAUGAUUUACUCAAAAUUAUGCAGCCAUGUGGCAACUGGUCUAAAUGCGGAUAUGUUUUAUGAAUGUAUGUCCCACAAGUGCAUGUAUGCAUUGUGACCAUGCUGCUGCCCUCAUUUCAUUCACUUAGGGCUCGUUACACAAACAAUGGCUGUUCCCCAAAACUGCAUGAGUUUGGUGCACCGUGUGUGUGCUGUACUUACAGAUGAGAUCUGUAAAAAAGAAACAAUAUGCUAUGUUUACAUAUUAAAAAACAGCGCGAAAACAUCAUCUGUGUGUCCUUGUGUUUUCACGCUGUUUUUUACUAUGAAUAUGUACCAACAAGCUCAUGUUCGCACGCUAUGUUUACUUUUACGAGAUAUAUGAUACAGCCAUAGUGUGUAAAGCUUGAAACUUUAGUUUUUCUACUAGUUUUUUCGGGCAUCACGACAUCGCUGCAACAUGUUCAUCUUUGUAGGUCGACAAGGAAUUCCUUUUUCUUUUUGUAAUAAAUAUGGUUACCCUUUUAUGUUUGUUGCAUGCGGUAUUGACCUGCCUUGCAAGUGUGCCAUGUCAAGAAGCCUAUGUGAGCUGUGCAAGCUAUGUCGUCUUGUCUAUAGUGUUAAACAAUUAACAACUUCACGGUUUCUUUAGGCACAGUGCUAGCAAGCAGUUGCAAAGAUCGAUGAAAAUGUGGCACCAUUCAAACCACCGAGCAGCAAGCUGUACCAUCUAUACGCUUUUGCAGAAGUGAGCCAGAGGCAGUGUCGUUGCAAUCAGUUACUGUGCAAGUCUUUUUUUGCUUUGUGUGUCUAGUUAUUGGGUCGUCUGCAGUGGUGCUUGCAGCAUCGAAAAUGAUGGGAAGCCUUUGACAACCAGGAGGUGCUCAACCGUCAAUAGCCCUAGUGGUAGAAGGUGUUCAUUUCACUUAAAGGGGUGGUGCCACCAUGUCUGUGGCUUGCGCGUUCUUUGCUGUAAGCGUUUCCUAUAGCUCCAGGAAGCAUGAUGCACGCACCCAGAUUCAUGUAUUAACGCUAAAUAAUUUAAUAUCGCCUUUUGAUGUGGACAACUUUCGGUUUCGGUUUCUGGGCGCCGAGGUUGGGCAGUGACGUAGAGUGUAGGAGGCUUGGUCACGUGACCACACAAGGCUGUGACGCACUUAGCCAGGAAGCGAUUGAAACUCGGCGAGUGAUGCAGCAACCGAUGCUGUGGCGGUACUAUAGUGAACUAGAAUAUAUUCUAGUUCACUAUAGCCGGUACGUACGUUGCGGAGGUGGCGGAGGUCCGGCGGUCACUCACGUCACUACAGCAUAUCUGGUGUGACGUCUGGGUUUCGAUCGGGAGAAUGGGCAUUUAGGCACACUUUGGAAGUGAAUUAAAAUAUAUUCUAAACGUUUGCUGUGUCCAACCCUUCGUGUGGAGUGACCUUGCAUACAGAGGAAACCCACAACAGGCUUGUUAUAGCCUCGAAAUUUGAUGGCACCACCCGUUUAAUAUGCACUAGUUGGUGAGCCAUGAAGCAGAGCACAAAGGGCAUACGUAAAAUUACGCAAACACAAGCGUUGCUGUUUGCGUCAUUCGAUGCACCCUUGUGCACGGCUUCAUCAAAAGUAUUCUUUUCCUUUGGUCAGAAGCAGAGGGCUUUCACUAAAAUGUGUGCUUUUAGGUGCGGACGUAAUGCAAACCAGGCAUGCACUGUGCGCAAUUGCAGCUUUAUAAAUGGAGCUUCGAGUUUGUUAUAUUAUGCUUGCCCAGCCGCACACUUGCUGUAUAGCUUGUAAAAAAUAAUGCAGAAGGCAGUGUGCGUUGAGGUGGAGUUUGCAUGUGAUAAGACUUGUUCAAGUACAGUGGCCAUUCGCGCGCAAUCUGCAGACAUGCUGGAGAAAUCAUUCUGUUUGUUGGCAGGUGUCAUUCAUUGCAGGAACAUAAUGGCAACAAAAUUAAAGAACUGCUGUUCAGAGAUAUGCUGCGGCAGGGUCUUUGCUGUGACCAAGCUUUUUUUAAAAAGCUGGGUGAACUCAGUAUUAAA